UUAAGAAGUUAAUCAACUUAUUAAGUCCAUAUUUGUUUUCCAUGGCUUCUUGUGUGUUUCCUGAUAUCUUUUCAUGGAUUCGGAACCUUCCACCAAUCACUCAAUGGCAAAAAACUUCCAAUAUUUCCCUUUGCCUAUGUUCCUCAGCUUCAAUAUCCCAACCAUCUCUCAACCUCACCAUAUCAAAAAACAACCAAACCCCAUUUCUUUGUUUCUCCAUAAUUGCCGAUUUCAACCUUCCCAUCUCUCUUUGGACUUCAAAACCCCUCAAAAUCAGCUCCAAAUCAUUAUCAACUAACUAUAACAACUCCCUAGAUGACCAAACCAUUGUAUUGCCUCUCUUUCUCAACUUCAUUGAAGACGUCCUUCGCUAUGGCUCAAACAACAACAACAAUUCCAUGAUCAAAUUCCUUAGAGUGGAUUAUGAUCACUCCCUACAAAACGUCAAGGAAACUUUCAACGUCGCGUUUCUAACUCUCUUCUUCCUCGUCUGCAUCUACGAAGCGCCGUCAGCUCUCCGCCGCGACUGCCUCGACACGAUCAAGAACCACUUGAUGAAUUGCCGGUCGAGGAAAGCGACGAAAUUGCUCAUGAAAAUGCUGGGGUCCAACUUGGAAGAUCGGUGGAUGAGGUCCGUAAACCUUGCCGUGACAAACUGGAUUGCCGAGCUCCAAGCCUGCGGCCGAAGAAUUAGUACGACUGCCAUGAUUCAAACGCCGUCGUCUCUCUUCUCUUACGCGCUUUCCACUUUCGGAUUGUGGAAAGUUCAGCUCUAUUGCCCUUUGAUCGCCAUGAACAUGGAGAGCAGUAGUUCUAGCAGUACUAUAAUUACUAGUACUACUCCUUCGGGUCAUCAUGAUGAUGAUCAAAGGUUGCAAUUCUCUCUGAAUUACCACCAGCUAGAAGGUGUUGUACAAUUCAAUUACAGGGUCGUGCCUCAAGGCUCGUGGGUUGGUGUCGUGGUAAAUAUAGACAACAUAAGAUGUGAUGUUAUCAAGCUUGUGAACGAGACACUGAUGUCCGAACGAGGUGUUGGGUCAUCAGAGAAGCACUUCCCAUCACGAAUAUCCUUACAACUCACUCCAACCCUGCAAACCAACGUCCUAAGCGUAUCAGUGAGCAAAUCCUCCCAGAACCCCGUGAGAGAGAUUGGCCUUGAGAAGACCAUAGAAGCCGGUUUUGAACCGCCGAACCCUUACUUGGGGCUCAAGGUAUCCGCCGGGGAGACAGUGACAAUGAGCCUGAAGCCGUGGAAGUUCGAGGAAUCCGUGCACGGAUACAGCGCAAACCUGAAUUGGUAUCUCCAUGACAGUGUGAAUGGGAGAGAGGUGUUCUCUUCUAAGCCAUCAAAGAUUGCUUUGAUGAACCCCAAAGCUUGGUUUAAGCAUAGAUAUUCUAGUGCUUAUAGGCCUUUUACUAGACAAGGAGGUGUGGUUUUUGCUGGAGAUGAGUAUGGAGAGAGUGUGGUGUGGAAAGUGGACAAAGCUGCCAUGGGAACGACAAUGGAGUGGGAAAUAAGGGGGUGGAUUUGGUUGACGUAUUGGCCUAACAAAUAUAGAACGUGUUAUACUGAGACUAGGAGGUUGGAGUUUAGAGAGAUCCUUAACCUUGUGAUUUGUUAGCCUAAGAGGGAGACCUAGAUGGCUCAGAAAUAAAGGGAUUGUAAUAUUGUAAUUUAUUGGAUUUUAAGAUAGUAAAGAAGCUGAAACGUAUUGUUAAUAGUAUGUAGACAUUGGCCACUUUCAAUGUUGUCAUAGUUGUAUAUGUGACAACGUUAAUUUAAACCAUAUGGGAUGUAA